AUGAAGUGUCAUCUCUUUAGUCGAAUGCCGUGUGCGAAGUUUGACGUUUAUUUAACAGAUUUGAAAUUUGAUGAUGGUCAGUUGAGUUUUUUGGAUGAUGGCUGUGGAAUGGACAAGAAAGAAAUUGAAUCGAUCAUUUCGUUCGGAUAUUCAGCAAAACGAAUGGAUCCUGAAAUGGUGGGUCAGUACGGCAACGGAUUGAAGUCUGCUGCCAUGCGUAUCGGUAAAGAUGUGUUGAUAUUAACAAAGAAAGAAGGGUUGCUAACAUGCAUGCUUAUUUCGAGAUCCUUCCUUGAGGCGAAUAAUUUGCGAAAGGUGAUUGUGCCAACGCCAUCGUUUCUGGAAGAUGGUACAGCAUAUUACGAAACGAUGUCGGAGAUGGACAAACACACUCUCGAAGUAAACAUCAUCUAUAAGUAUUCACCAUUCGAGUCGCACGAACACUUGAUGCAGCAAUUCGAAAGAAUUCACUCCGAAACUGGCACGUUGGUAAUUUGUUAUAAUCUGCGUCGUAUAGAAGGUGGUCAGUUUGAAAUGGAUUUCAAUACUGAUAAAUUUGAUGUUCGAUUGUCACAGCAUAUCCCACAGAGGGAGAAUGAACGUAAUUCACUUCGAGCCUAUCUGGCGGUAUUAUAUGCAAAACCGAGAAUGCGGGUUUUUAUACGCGGUGAGAAGGUGGAUACGAAACGUAUUUUGAGUGCAUUAUAUAAACCGAGAAUGUAUCAGUAUCAGGCAAGAAAUUUGAAGGCGUGCGCCGAAAGAGAGUUACAAGAUUGUCAAAAGAAGGUUGUAGAACUGACCGAUACAGUGGCGCUUAAUAAAUCAGAAGUGGCUAAUUUCGAAGUUGCACAUCCCAAUUUCAUGACUGAUAGCACACUUCGAAUCCAUCAUCGAACACUGAUUAAGGCUGUUGAUGUAGCUACGGAAAUGCUUUGUGCAUCCGAAUUGCGCCUCAAAAAACUGGCCAGAGCCAAAUCAAAUCCCAGUCCAUUGGUAUUCUAUUUCGGCCUUAACAUCCAUCAUCGCAAUCAAUAUGGCUGUAUGCUCUAUAACAAUGGACGUUUGAUAAGAAUGUAUGAGAAAGUUGCCAAUCAAAAAGAGCGAAACGAUAGAAUGCUAAAGUAUUUGGGUGUUGUUGCCGUUGUCGAUGUGCCGUGCUCAGUACUGGCACCAGCGCACAGCAAACAGUCAUUCGAGAAUCCACGAGAGUAUGCCAACUUGAUGAAGGCAAUCAAUGAUUACAUGGAACAGUAUUGGAACGACACGGCGAUCGAGGCCACUCCUGGGGGAGUUGCAAACUUUUGGCGACCAUUUGGUUAUAAAAGCAUGGAAUGGAAUGCGGAGCCGAGUAAUGAAACUGAGUACAUUCGUAAACGGUAUUCAUGUGUUGGCUACUCACUUCAGUGUGAUAACUGCCUCAAAUGGCGACAUUUACAGUUCCAACAAAAUUACUUGAGCGAAGGAAUACCGAAGAAUUGGAAUUGCAGUAUGCAUCCGAAUUCAAUAUUCAGAAACUGCUCUAAGCUCGAAGAACUACCACCGAUUCCCAAAGGACGAUUGAUGUGGACGAUUAAGUCAUCGUUAACACCAACUGCGAAAAAGGACAGCAGCGCAUCAAAUAGGAAAGUGCUGAAUAAAACGCCGGUGGCUCGUAAACGAUUGCCAACGCCACCGGCUCGCAGUCGUCGAGGACGUCAGCGAUCCGUUUCAUCAUCUGAUGAUGACGAAAAGGAUACAUCCCCAUCACCACCACCCACAAGGACUAGCUUGUUGAUGAAGAAAUCAACCGCAGAGGAAGAGCCACCAAAAAAGCGCAAAUCUUUAGCAAGAACUAAGGCUUCAUUAAGUAGUGGAAGGAUAACAAGACGAUCGACGUUGAACGGUGAACAACAAACGACGGCAGAAGAUUCAGAAGUGCAGAUAAUUGAAGAGAAAGACUUGCCUAUGAAUAACGGUAGAAGUGCAUCAUCGGCUGAUUUAUCCCUCAAAUUAAAUGAUGAGAGGAGAACAGAAGAAGUGAAUGAAAAAAAAUCGAUUCCUUUGCCACUGACGAAUGGAUCUGAAUUGUCAUCGAAUGCGCCGCAGAGUUCAACAACAAUUCAAGAUGAAUCUGAGAGAAACGCAUCAGCGUCGAGCCAGAACUGUAAGGAUGAAAAUGCGAAUGAGAUUAUGAGUAAAGACAUAUCCGAGAAAGUUGCAUUGAAGAAGCAAAGGGAUGGCCUGUUGCGUAAAUUGAAUGAUGUUUUGGAAUUUUGUCGAGAAUCGUCCUUCCCAAAGAUCAAUUUCGGCAGUGCAGAUGAGGCGUUAACGUUCGAUUUGCAAGACUACUUCAGAGCACAUCGUGAAGGAGUUGAAAUGUUGAUCAAUAAGCAGGUGACGAAUAGACUGCGGAAUUAUUUGGAGAGUGCAGUGAAAGUAAUGAAAUGGGCAGAUCCCGAAGUGGCGGACGAGAUCAGCAGUGAAAAUGUUAUGGAUAAAAUGGUGGAUUUCACGAAGUUAAUAUGA